AUGUCUAGAAGCACGGAUCCCACACAAUUCGAGCCAAUUGCCAUUGUUGGCAUAGGCUGUCGACUACCUGGCAGUAUUUCCCACCCUUCACAACUAUGGAAAUUCCUAGAAGAAGGGCGCUCUGCAAACGGGAAAUUGCCCAAGGGCCGCUUUAAUAUCGAUAGCUACCAUGGUGAUAAAGAUCAACCAUCUACCACAGUGGCGGAUGGUGGGUAUUUCAUCCAAGAAGACAUCAGGGCUUUCGACAACCAAUUCUUCGGCAUUAAUAAUCGGGAAGCCUCCGCGAUGGACCCACAACAGCGAAAGCUGCUUGAAGUUGUCUAUGAAAGUUUUGAGAGUGCCGGUAUCUCAUUAGAUGACGUUUCAGGUGCCAAUACCGGUUGCUAUGUCGCCUCCUUCACACCAGAUUUCAUUGCCUUGCAAACCAAGGAUGUUGAAAGCUUAACCAGAUACAGCCAGAUUGGCAUGGGCACAACCAUACUGGCAAACCGGAUAAGCCAUGUUUUCAAUUUGAAGGGGCCCAGUUGUGUGCUUGAUACCGCUUGCUCAUCAUCAUUCUAUGCGCUCCACGCUGCCUGCUCGGCCUUAUUAGCAGACGAGUGCGACUCUGCCGUUGUGGCAGGUGUAAAUCUCAUUCAGGCUCCAGAAUUGCAUGUUGCCAUUUCGCAAGCCGGUGUAAUUUCUUCAUCUUCCACAUGUCACACAUUUGACGCCAGCGCCGAUGGCUACGGUCGGGCAGAUGGGAUUAAUGCCAUCUUUAUUAAACGAUUGGUCGAUGCCGUUCGCGACGGUGACCCGAUUAGGUCAGUCAUACGUUCUAUUGCCGUGAACAGCAAUGGACACACACCCGGCAUUACGCAACCGAGUAUCGAUGGACAGGAAGCUGUCAUUCGCAAAGCAUACUCGAGAGCCAGACUAAACCCAGCUGAUACGUCGUACGUCGAAACUCACGGUACCGGCACUGCCGUGGGUGAUCCGAUAGAGGUCGAGGCUCUCUCUCGAGUAUUCCGAAAGGACAAGAGAAAUGAACCCCUCCUUCUCGGAGCGGUGAAGACGAAUUUGGGCCAUAGCGAAGGCGCCAGUGGCUUGACUAGCAUUAUCAAAUCAACUCUCGCCCUUGAAAAAGGCCUCAUCCCCGCCACCAUCGGAUUCAAGCAAUUAAAUCCGAAGAUCCGAAUUGAAGAUUGGGGAGUCGAGAUCGUGACGCAAACAAUUCCAUUACCCACCAAAGGUCACGGUAUACGCCGGAUAAGUGUAAAUUCUUUCGGUUACGGUGGUGCCAAUGCUCACUGCAUUCUCGAUUCAGCUGAACCGAUCAGCAGUGAAAUCUUCACCAAUGGCACCAAAGUCAACGGGCAUGUAAACGGCAAUAAUGUUAAUGGUACCAAUGUCAAUGGUAACGGUAUUUACGGUAAACAAAUUAACGGUAAUGGUAAAGUAAAUGGUAAUGCUACUGAGCCUGAGACAACCUCGGGCCCGAGCUAUCUUCUUCCAUUCUCCGCAAGCAGCCUUCCGUCGCUGCAUGGGAGAGUCGAGGGGUUACGUGAGCUGGAUUUAAAAUCCGUUUCAAUUACGGAUUUGGCCUACACUCUCGGAGAGCGUCGCACACAUCUACCUGUACGAGGGUACGUCAUCGCAAAGGAGGAUACCCUGGCUGAAGACAUCAAUCUUGACAAUCUCCGUGUCCCGAACUCGGAUGAUAGUCAUGGAGAAGGAAAACUUGCAUUUGUCUUCACGGGACAAGGGGCACAAUGGAAAGGUAUGGGUCGAGAGCUGAUGCGAUUUGACACGUUUUUACGUACCAUCCAUCAAUUAGACGAUUGGUUAUCCGCUCUCCCGCAUCCUCCGUCCUGGAAGAUAUACGAUGUUCUGACCGAUGUUUCGGAAUCGUCUCAGAUCGACCAGGCGGAAUUUGCGCAGCCCAUAACGACGGCUGUGCAAGUUGCAAUCGUUAACUUACUGCGGGACUGGUCGAUUACUCCUUAUACAACUGUAGGCCAUUCCUCAGGAGAAAUUGGCGCCGCAUAUGCAGCAGGAUUACUCGAUGCCCGACAGGCGAUUAUUAUCGCUUAUUACCGGGGUUACAUCGUCACCAAGUCAACCUCCGUUGGAUCUAUGGCUGCGAUCGGUCUUGGCCGCGAAACCACCGAUAACCGCAUAACUAAGCUAGGUCUUAGUGACAAGGUCAAAGUCGCAUGUGUCAACUCCCCUGAAAGCGUUACUAUCAGUGGUGAUAGUGACGAUGUCCACACCGUUUUCGCCUCGCUGCAAGGAGAUGGAGUUUUCGCGCGAAAACUAAGAACUGAUGGCAAGGCCUACCACUCCCACCAUAUGGCUGCCGUUGGCCAGGCAUAUGAAGAUCUCCUGGAGGAGGCUUGGGGCGAGUCUGUUCAGAGCACUAAUUCUGAACGCGCGCGAAUGUUUUCAACGGUGAUAGCCCAAGAGAUUACUGAAAAGCAUGUCCGCACGUCGUCGUACUGGCGUAAGAACCUGGAAUCCCCAGUUCUCUUCAGCGAGGGUCUCGAAGGAAUUUCCAAUAUGAGCGAACAUCUGACGUUCGUUGAAGUCGGACCCCACGCGACGCUUAAGAUGCCAAUCAUGACCACCUUAGGGAAGUCUACUUCUUACGGUGCAACGCUUACUAGAGGUCAAGAUUCAUCAGUUUCCCUCCUAAGUCUUAUUGGUAAUUUAUACGCCCAGGGAUUUAAGAUUGGCUUUUCCGCGCUCAACAAAGCCUCUAGGAAGCAUGGCGUCAAACCCAAGGUCUUACAUGAUUUGCCUAGCUACAGAUGGCAUUAUGAGGAGCCGUUGUGGGCCGAAUCUCGCGUCAGCCGCGAAGGACGAUUCCGCAGGUACCCCCGGCACGAACUUCUAGGUAGUGAAGUACCGGGUGGUAACAAGACAACUUUCGCCUGGCGUAAUAUACUGCAACUAGAUAGUGUGCCAUGGCUUCGGGACCACAAACUUGGCGAGACGAUCGUCUUUCCUGCCGCAGGUUAUAUGACGAUGGCUAUAGAAGCCUUGCUACAGACACUACCGGCCGAUACACCUGCGACUGCCCCGUCAGUCGUACUUCGUCAUGUAGACCUAGUCCAAGCUCUACCCUUGACCGAUGAGGACUCCGUUGAGCUAUACACUGAGUUGCGACCUCUUUCACUUACGAAUAUAAACACAUCUAAAAAUUGGUGGGAGUUCCAAAUUUCUUCAAUUUCGCACGAUGUUGCAACAAACCACGUCAAGGGUUCUAUCCGAUUUGAGUCGGGAGACUCUGCGACAAACUUGCAAUUGCCCUCAUUUGAUAGACGUAUUGCACCUCAGUCCAAGCGCCUUUGGUAUGAGAGUAUGAUAAGAUCUGGCCUCGGGUUUGGCCCCGCAUUUCAGCAAAUGGAUGAGAUUUACAUACCGGAUCCUAAGGGGUCAAGGUAUGCUGAAGCAAAGGCACACUCGCUAGCUCCCAAAUUCCAAGGAGCUCAGUCGAAGCCUCGAUAUCUCGUCCACCCAACCAUUCUAGACAGUCUGUUCCAAGUCGGUCUCGUUUCCUGCACCGGUGGAUUCAUUCACUCUAUGAUCGCCAAGGUACCGACGAAGAUAGGACGAGCUGAAAUCACCCUGAGCCCGUACGAAGAAAAAACUGGUGUAAUUCGCUCUACAUCCAAGGUCAUUGGAUUUACUGCGAACAGCCUCCACUCUGCCUUGCUAGAUUCCCAACAGCGAACGGUGGCUCAUUUCCACGAUGUUGAUAUCACCACAUAUGUUGGUACUGAGAAGAUGGAACCACGUCAUCCUCUUCUCAGAGUCAGCUGGAAGCCCGAUGUGGAGCAAAUCAAAGAUAGUGGCGCAUUUUCGUCAGCGCUCGAGCAUAUCCUGUCGAUCACAGAGUUAGGACGUUUGGGCCCACGAGCGCGUCUACUAGCUGCCCUUGAUCUGAUUGUGCACAAGAAUACCGACGCCCACAUCUUGUUCCUCUCUCAUGACCAUGUUCUAGCUAUCUUAGCUUUGCUAGAAGUUCUUUCAUCAACAUCGCAAUACCGACGUUUCCAUAGCUUUUCGCUCGGACGCUUGACGAGCCAAGGCGAGCUUGAAGUAGCCGAAGUCCGUACCCACACCGCACCAUUUGGCCUAAAAUCAUUGGUGUACAAGAAAGUCUCCUCCGAGGAUCAGUACGGAGUUGUGGUCCUAUCAGAAAACCCAGCUGAGCUCAAGUCCCUUGAUAACAACACAACCAAGGACACACUAUUGCUCCGAGCUAUUGCAUCCAACGCCAAUAAUGCUCCGGUUGAGGGAUUUGCCGUUAUCUCUUCACUCAAAGGCUCACAAAAUAUUCAACUUCUCAGACCAUCGCACGCCUUCGCAAAUGGUGUUCACCCUCCGUACAGCAAUGUCAUCCACGUUCGUGGGUCUCCGGCGCAUCCCGUAGAUGCCACGCUGAAGGAUGAGCUAAGCUCAGCCCUAGGCACCUCUGUGGAACAGAUUGCACUUACGGAUCUAGCAGCGACAACAAUACCGCCUAACACACUAGUCGUUUCCACAGCCGAGUUGGAAAACCCGAUCAUUGCCAGCCCUGGCCCAGAAGAGUUUGAUGGAAUCAAGAAAAUUAUCGAAUAUGCAGCACGAAUUGUCUGGAUCACUGGAUCUGGUGUUCACAAGGGUUUCGAUCCGAACCUCUCUGUGUUCACCGGUCUCGCGCGCGCAGUCAUGACCGAACAGCCAUCAACCAAAAUCUUCACGCUCGAGCUAAAUCCGAAGGCAGACUCCGCAUCCAUCGCCCACGAUGUAUCAGCACUCAUCGAUCAAGCCAAGAAACCAAUCGUCGACUAUGAAUACCUUAAGGAUGACUCUGGACUCCUGAUUAGCCGAACAAUUCCUGACGAGCCCAUGAACCAACAAUUCCGCGACCGACAAAAUGCUGCCGCGUCACACUUGCCACUAUCAAAUGCCGGUACCGCUUCCCUGGCACUGCAAAAACCAGGUCAACUCAGCACGGCGCAAUUCGUCAAGAAGCCCCACCAAGACUUGUCGACUCUAAAGGCCGACCACGUAGUAGUCAAAGUAAUCUGCCUCGGUCUCAACGCCAAGGAUGUGUACUCCCUCGCCGGCCGUGUUCACACGACCGAAGCAUCAUGCAGUUUAGAAUACACAGGUCAAAUCGUUGCAGUCGGUUCCGGCGUCAAUGAAGUAGCUGUAGGUGACAAGGUAUCCGUUAUGUACCCAGGUCACUUCAGCACGUACGAGACAGUACCCGUGUGGAGUUGCGUCAAGUUGAAGGAUGACGAGGAUCUACGCACUUAUUCCUCCGUCCUAGUCGUUUUUGCGACCGCGAUUUACGCUCUGUAUUACCGUUCGCAUCUACAAGCCGGUGAAAGUGUUUUAAUUCACUCCGCGGCUGGUGGUGUGGGUAUCGCGACAAUUCAAGUGGCGCAAUUAAUUGGCGCUGAGAUAUUUGCGACCGUGGGAACGGACGAGAAGAAGCAAUACCUCAUUGAGAAUUUCGGUCUAAAAGAAAACCAUAUUUUCAAUUCUCGCGAUUCAAGCUUCGUCGCUGGAAUCCAUGCAGCUACGGAAGGUCGGGGUGUUGAUGUCAUUCUCAACUCAUUAGUUGGCGAGCUCCUCCACGAAAGUUGGGAAUGCUUGGCGGACUUCGGUCGUUUUGUCGAAAUCGGCAAACGCGAUAUUCUUGAUGGCGGCCGCUUGAACAUGGAAGGAUUUUCUCGCAGUGGUACGUUCACGGCGUUUGAUCUCAGUCAAUUGCCGGAAUCGAAGUCCCCGGCGCACCACCGCAUCCACAAGGAUUUGUUAGAGCGUGUCAUGGGGCUUCUACGUAGCGGCCAAGUCAAGCCUGUAACACCGCUGUCCGUCUUCAACGCCUCCGAUGUGUCUUCCGCUUUCAAUUACUUCAACAGCGCGAAGAGAAUGGGAAAGAUUGUUAUCUCAUUUGAGGACCAGACUCAAAUGGUUCCGGUUGUGCCUGAGAAGUUCUCAACUGUCCUAGAUCCGAACAAGGCUUACCUGCUCAUCGGAUGUUUGGGUGGUCUGGGUCGCAGUCUUUCAAUGUGGAUGUUGAGCCGUGGUGCACGUCAAUUCGUUUUCCUAGGUCGUACAGGCACGGAGAGACCAGCAGCCAAGCGCCUUGUUGACGACCUAGAAAAGGCUGGCGCUCGCUGCGUAGUGGUCAAGGGCGAUGUGACUAACCAAGAGGAUGUCGAAAGAGCUGUUGCGGCCGCACCGGCUCCCUUGAGCGGUGUUGUACAAGCUGCAAUGGGCUUGAAUGAGGCCAUCUUCAAGUACAUGUCUCGAGACUUCUGGCUUAGCGGUACUAAGGCAAAGAUUAGGGGUACCUGGAAUAUCCACAACGCGCUAUCGAAACUCGGCAAAGAAAGUGAGCUUGACUUCUUUAUUAUGACGAGUUCUAUCAACGGCAAGGUCGGAACUGCUACAGAAAGUAACUACUGUGCCGCAAACAACUUUUUGGACGUGUUUGCUCGCUACCGCCGUAGUCUCGGCUUACAAGCAAUCUCCCUCGGACUCGGCAUGAUUUCAGAAGUCGGAUAUCUACACGAGAACCCACAUAUAGAGGACCUCCUUCUCCGUAAAGGAAUCCGACCUAUUACCGAAAAUGAAAUGCUCCAGAUCUUCGACUUCUCUCUUUCCCAACCACCUACCUCGGCCCACCCGGCGGAUCUGCUUUCGCACCCUCACCUCCUAACCGGUUUGGAGGUCACGGGCCUCCAAAGCAAUCACAAACAGGGCUACAACGGAUACUGGCAAUUCCUCGACGAUGCACGGUUCUCCGUCCUAACUUGCUCGCUCAAGCGCACUAGUGCCACUGGCCAAGCACAGGGCACCGGUUCGCAAUCAUCUGCUAUUAGCGAAGCUCUCAACUCGAAGGACAAACAGGCCCUCGUAGAUGCCAUCAAGGACGUGAUUGCCAAGAAGAUGUCCAACUUAAUCCUACUACCAGUUGACAAAUUAAAUGUCAAGACGCCCCUACCUGACUUUGGUAUGGACUCCAUGUUAGCAGCCGAAUUACGACAGUAUAUUUUCGCCGCAACAAGCGUGGAUGCCCCGUUCCUUACUCUGAUGGACAAGAGUAUGAACGUGCUUACUCUAGCCAAGAUUGUGGCAGACCAGCUAUUAGAGUAA